GGUUCUGUAAUGGGCUUUAGAUGGGCCAUGUCAUGUUCUUUGGGCCAAAGAUAAAACCCUUCUCUUGCGAUUAGUCCUCGUCAAAAUCUCUCCGGCGAGACGGCCGUCGUUGUUUUUCAUCUUUUCCCUUUGCUCCAGCGUUCAGUUGAAGAACCCUGUUCUGGGUUUUAGAUUUAAUGUCUUGGCUUAUUCAAAAUCGCAUUGGAAACACCUUGUUACGCCUUAAACCUUCUUCGUCUUCUAUCGCUUUUUUCUCUACGUUCAUCAAGAAUCUUUCUACAGCCUCGGAGCAAUUACCUCUUGAUGAAUCUUCACAGUCUGAGGAGAUAUGGAAUGUUAUUGUAGGUAGAGACGGUGAUAGAGAUAGUGAAGAUGAUGUUUUUAAUCGUCUAUCUAACGAUGAAAUCUGUAACAGAGUUAAUCUUUCUGAUAGUUUGGUUCAUAAGCUGCUUCAUAGGUUUAGAGAUGAUUGGAAAUCUGCGCUUGGUGUUUUGAAAUGGGCUGAGUCUUGUAAAGGGCAUAAACAUUCGAGUGAUGCUUAUGAUAUGGCGGUGGAUAUUCUCGGGAAGGCGAAGAAAUGGGAUCGGAUGAAGGAGUUUGUGGAGAGAAUGAGAGGGGAUAAGCUUGUUACUUUGAAUACAAUUGCUAAGAUCAUGAGGAGAUUUGCUGGUGCAGGGGAGUGGGAAGAAGCUGUGGGAAUAUUUGAUAAGUUGGGUGAAUUUGGAUUGGAGAAGAACACGGAGUCGAUGAAUCUGUUGCUUGAUACGCUUUGCAAGGAGAAAAGAGUGGAGCAGGCUCGAGUAGUUUUGCUAGAGCUUAAGUCACACAUUACGCCGAAUGCUCAUACGUUUAAUAUCUUCAUUCACGGUUGGUGUAAGGCAAAUAGAGUUGAGGAAGCUCUUUGGACGAUCCAAGAGAUGAAAGGCCAUGGAUUUCGUCCUUGUGUUAUUAGCUAUACGACGAUUAUAAGGUGUUAUUGCCAGCAGUCUGAGUUUGUCAAGGUCUAUGAAAUGCUAAGUGAAAUGGAAGCAAAUGGGUCUCCUCCGAAUUCUAUUACUUACACAACUAUAAUGUCUUCUCUUAAUGCACAGAAAGAGUUUGAGGAGGCUUUACGGGUAGCUACAAGGAUGAAAAGAUCUGGUUGUCAACCCGAUUCUCUUUUCUACAACUGCUUGAUUCACACCCUUGCUCGAGCUGGUCGGUUAGAAGAAGCUGAGAGGGUUUUCAGAGUUGAGAUGCCAGAGCUUGGUGUUUCCAUUAAUACAUCCACCUAUAACUCUAUGAUUGCUAUGUAUUGUCAUCAUGAUGAGGAAGAUAAGGCGAUUGAGCUUCUCAAGGAAAUGGAAAGUUCAAACCUUUGUAAUCCCGAUGUUCAUACGUAUCAACCUCUGCUGAGAUCUUGUUUUAAGAGAGGAGAUGUUGUUGAGGUUGGGAAAUUAUUGAAAGAAAUGGUGACUAAACAUCAUCUCAGCCUUGAUGAAUCGACUUAUACUUUUCUGAUACAGAGGUUAUGCAGAGCUAAUAUAUGUGAGUGGGCGUAUUGUCUAUUCGAAGAGAUGAUUAGCCAAGAUAUCACGCCGAGGCACCGGACUUGUUUGCUGCUUUUGGAAGAGGUCAAGAAGAAGAAUAUGCAUGAAUCCGCUGAGAGAAUCGAACACAUCAUGAAGACUGUGAAACUUACUGCCCCUGUAAAGUGAGGUUAUUAGUUAUUACAAUGGCUUGACUGUUACUUACCAGAUUGUGAUGAGAAGUGGUCUCUUCAUGCUUGAGAAAGAAACAAGACCGGACCAUGCAUAAAGAUUUCAAGUUCUU